AGAGAGAGAGAGAGAGAUGAGAGGGGUGAUUUAGGAAACCCAGAGAGAAUGUGAUGGGAAGUAUUUGAAGUGAGGGCAACGGCGCUGUGAUGUUUUGCUGAGGCAUUGCGAGAUCGGAAAAAAGAGGGUGAGAGAUCAGAUGAGUUCCGCUGAUACAGUCAAUGGGAGUUCUGACGAGUCUGUCAAAGAAACUGUUCCAGGGUCAAGCCUGGAACCAAAACAAGAAGAUGCUGAAAUAAAAGCUCAAGUUGAUGCAAUGUGGGGACAAAUGAAUAAAGGAGUAUCUAAUAAGGUCCUCAACAGAUUUACGAGCAAGCCUAGUUCCACUGCAAAAAAAGCUGCAAAGAAGACAUCUUCUAAUUGGAUGUCUUAUUUGGGGUUGGCACCCAAGGCAACUGAAUCUCUGGGGCAAGAAGCUUCGCAGAAUGGACCUGGUGUGCUGCAGAGCAGUACAAGUGAUGAAGCCAAAAAGCUUGCUGCUGCUGCUCUUGCAGCUGUGAAAGAUGAUGCUGCCAAUUCUACCACAGGCAGGGGGAAACUUGUGAUUACUGAGGUUCGGGACUUUGCUGGUCAAGAAAUUGAAUAUAAAAAGCUCAUAGAUUCUGACUCAAAGGAAGCAAUGGAAAGAGCGAAAGCUCCUGCUCCUUCGGCUGUGGACGCUGUCCUUGAACAAAUUAAGAAGAAACAGAAGCUCAGUGUACUUGAUAAGACCAAAAAGGACUGGGGAGAAUUUAAGGAAGAGAAUAAGGGACUGGAAGAUGAACUUGAUGCUUAUAAGAAGAGUUCUAACCAGUAUUUGGACAAGGUUUCCUUCUUACAGCGAGCAGAUUACCGGGAAUUUGAGAGAGAGAGAGAUGCACGAUUGGCUUUGCAAGCCAGGAAGCGACCAGAUAUGCAAGAGGACCCAUAUGACUGAAGGUAAUUGAAGGUUGGUGUUACUACUUUCGGAGAACUAUGUAUGGUUUUGUGAUGUGUUGAUUAUCCAAGUGCUAUAAUCUCUGGGAAGGUCUUGGUCUCUCACAGGUAAAACCUUCGAUCAAAUUUGUGGAGUAUGAUGCAUUUUAUAAGGAUUGAGAAUUGGAAUGCUUUUAAAUGACAUGCUGCUUGAUAUGGAAGGGGAAAAUAGUGAUUAGAGAGAAACAGAUGUAAACUUUUGGAGUGACUUUACUCAAAGAACAAGAAAUUCUCUACUCACUGAAGGUAGUUUCAAAGAACGCAUUCCUCGAUAGAUUUGCACUUAGGGUCAGAUUUACAGUGGAUUAUGGGGAGCAUAUGCCUCCACUCACUUUCAAAUUUUUUUUAAUCUAGUGUAGUAUUAAGUUAUUAUUUGUCUUAUUAACUUCAACUUUGUCCUUAUUGAUUUAUUUCUGUAUAGUGAAAUAUCUGGGUCUGAGAUUAUAGUUACUAUACAUGCUUUUUGGUUUAAGAAACUACAAUGGUCUCUGCCUUGUUUGUGAUG